AUGGACGCAUUCCUCGGCUCUCCCUUCGGUCAGAUGUCGCCUCCUGACCCCCCCGCUCCUGCUGCACCCCGUCACGCGUCACGCCCACCCCCAGCAUCUGCUGCAGAAAGCUGGAGUGCCCAGCAGAGCAGCCUUGCCCUGCGCUUCUACCGACUUAGUCUUCCUGGGGUUGCAGAGCUUGUGCUCAGUGCCACGAAGCUGGAUACCACCGCACUCGCUAGAGACGCUGCCAUGCUGGAGGCUGCUGGGGGUAGUACGACAGGUGGGAGUGUUGCUCCGGGAGUCAAUGCUGUAGUGGGGCGGGAGGUACACGGUUCAGUUGGGAGUAGUGGAAGUGUCGGCGGCGGCGGUGGUGGUGGUGGGGUUUCGACCCCUCCUGAAACUCCGAGCACCGUAGGCCGUUCUCGCCAACCCGGUGAAAAGUCGGAUCGUUUAAUUGCCCAUAAGGCGAAGUCGAUCAUGGACCUGAAACAGGGCGACUUCGAUAUCCAAGUGACGCUGGGACGCAUUUCACAGCUGGAGUACGAUCCAUCGGAUCCUGUGCUUUCUGAUAUCCCAGAGGGUGCAAAGCCAAUUGCUGGUUUCCUUCUUGGCUUGGUUAGGUUGUACAUGCAGACGGAAAACGAGCAUGAUAAGAAGACCCUCCAGUGCGUAGCGUUGUAUCAUCUCCACAUUGUAUUCGAUGGCUUGGUGAAGAAUUUCAGAGGGAAGGAUGCCAGGGCCAAGGCUAGUGAAGUUCUGUGCCAUGUGAUGGCGGACAUGCCAAUGGCUAAAUCAGCCAGCAGCUUUGUGACGCUUGCAACCGCGAGCCGUUGGUUGCGGGAACUGUGUGAUUAUAUGGGUGGUGCGAGAUUCUCGCAACACUUGCUCUACGUCCGUGGGGACUUCACCAUCACAAAUUUCAAACAAAUGAUGACCUCUGCCGAGCGCCUUCGAAUCAUUAAGGAGGCCCUGUCCGAUGCACGUGAGUAUUAUCUCGGACAACUAGAUGGCCUCUAUGGAACCUUCGUCCCUCAAUACAUUCCGGCUUUCUAUAGCGACGCGAUAGGAGCACGAUAG